UCCAGCUGAGUGGAGCACAGCCCAGCCAAUCGGCUGCCUCCCUCUCCGCUUUGUCAUCAGGAUCUGAUUGAGGAAGGAUUUGCUUUCCUGCUCAGUAUUUGGAAGGCAGAUAAAAUGCCAGGUCUGGGUUGCCUCUAGGGAUAACCUUUCUCCCUUAUAAUGUGAAUGAACAGCAUCUCAGCUUGGGGGAUACGCAUACAAUUCACUAGCAGGCUCAAGAAAACCAGCAUAGGCCUAUUCGUCGUCUUCUGUUUUUUUCAGUGGUUUGGGGUUAUUGUCAUUCCCCCCUCCCCUUUCCUCUCCAUCCUUCUGUGCUUUUUUUUUCAGUUUUAUGUCAUUUUUUUUCAUUUGGCAAGGGGUGCUUCUUGGAAUAUUAAACCUCCAUGUACGACAAUUUGUACCUGCAUGGAUUCGAAGACUCGGAGGCGGGUUCAGCAGACUCCUACACUAGCAGGCCGUCUGAUUCCGAUGUCUCUCUGGAAGAGGACCGGGAGGGAGUCGGGCAGGAGCGAGAGCAGCAGGCGGCACUGCAGUUGGAAAGGGCCAAGGCCAAGGCGGUAGCGUUCGCAGUGAAGACCAAUGUCAGUUACUGCGGCGCCCUGGAUGAGGAUGUACCGGUAGCAGGCACUGGCAUUUCCUUCGAUGCCAAGGACUUUCUACACAUUAAAGAGAAGUACAACAAUGACUGGUGGAUAGGACGCCUGGUGAAGGAGGGCUGUGAGAUUGGAUUUAUACCAAGCCCCCUCAAACUGGAGAACAUCCGAAUCCAGCAGGAACAAAAAAGGGGGCGCUUCCACGGUAAGUCCAGUGGAAAUUCCUCUUCAAGUCUAGGAGAGAUGGUCUCUGGCACGUUCAGAGCUACACCCCCCUCCGCAGCAAAGCAGAAACAGAAAGUGACAGAGCACGUUCCUCCAUAUGACGUGGUUCCCUCCAUGAGGCCCGUGGUUCUGGUCGGCCCAUCAUUGAAAGGAUAUGAGGUGACAGACAUGAUGCAGAAAGCUCUGUUUGACUUCUUGAAGCACAGGUUUGAUGGAAGGAUAUCUAUAACAAGAGUCACUGCAGACAUUUCUCUCGCCAAGCGGUCUGUGCUCAACAAUCCCAGCAAGAGAGCCAUUAUUGAGCGCUCAAACACCAGGUCUAGUUUAGCUGAGGUGCAGAGUGAAAUAGAAAGAAUUUUCGAGUUGGCACGGUCGCUCCAGUUAGUAGUUCUGGAUGCUGAUACCAUAAACCACCCAGCACAGCUUAUCAAGACAUCUUUAGCACCUCUUAUCGUCCAUGUCAAAGUGUCGUCACCAAAGGUUCUGCAACGAUUGAUAAAAUCCAGAGGGAAAUCCCAAAGCAAACAUCUGAAUGUCCAGUUGGUGGCCGCUGACAAGCUAGCACAAUGCCCUCCGGAAAUGUUUGAUAUCAUUUUGGAUGAGAACCAGCUGGAAGAUGCUUGUGAACACUUGGCCGAGUACCUGGAGGCCUAUUGGCGUGCCACGCAUGCCCCCAGUAGCACUCCCAUGAACCCUGUGCUGGGACGGAACCUGGGCUCCACGGCGCUCUCCCCAUACCCUGCAGCUAUCUCUGGGUUACAGGGCCAAAGAAUGAGGCACAACAACCAUUCUGGAGACCACUCCCCAAUCGAGCGUCGGAGCCUGAUGACCUCGGACGAGAACUACCACAGCGAGAGGGCAAGAAAGAGCCGGAACCGCCUGUCGUCGGGUUCUCAGCACAGCCGGGACCACUACCCGCUGGUGGAAGAAGAGUACUCCGACUCCUACCAGGACACGUACAAACCACACCGCACCCACGGCUCUCCUGGCGGCUACAGCCAUGACUCAAGGCACAGGCUUUGAGUUUAUGGGAAACCUGCUAGGCCUCUCCUCUCCACAACCCAGUACUGAAGAGCUAAGACAGUUCUGUCCAAAUCAUGUGACUUUCCCAAGUGUAAUACCUCGUUUCCCUCUGACACUGGCUCAUCUAGACACGGGAUUGACCUGUGGACAAAUCCAAGAAUACCAGUUUCGGUUGAGUUACACAUGGGAGCCAGAAAUUUCUAUCCCUGGCUUUUGGGUGUCCUGGAAAUAAAAUUGUCUGUUGUGUUGUGUUGGCUUGUAACAAAAGUCAAUGUGAUGGAAUUUACAGUUCCAGGUUUGUUUUGCAGAGCUAAACACUCUGGAAUUGCUUUGUAGCCAGCGCUCAGCUGGGUUUAAAACCAGGCUGAACGGACCUGUGUUCCAACACACACUGAGCCAGUGGCAGUGUGAUGGAAAAGCUCCCACACAGAUGCAUCCUGGGAUAAACGCAUGCUAUGUGGAGCAAAUGGAAAACGGGGUAUAACACAAUCUUAACAUCCUUAAUUGAUUUAAAAUUGUCUUCAUUUAAAGUUUAGUAUUCUCUGUAAUCUGUAAGGCAAAGCUUGCCAAACCUUUGAAUGAACUGUAAGGGGUUUUGAUCCCCCCCCCUCCCCCCCCCCCACCCCACCUCUACCCCUAUACUUUCUAGUAUGGAAUAUUUGUAGUGCCAUUUGAUAUGUUACUAUUAUCUGGCUUGACAAACGCUGUUGGUUCCCACAGGAAAACGGAACAUAGCCUGCCAUCUACAGUAAUCCAAGUGCCAAGCACUUGGCUGAACAAGCAUAUGCUUUGCUUUGUUACAGCCAGCUGGUGGACAGUGCUAUGUCCCUAGCAAAAACCAAUGCGUUCAGACCUUCACCUUCUAUAAUACGUUAAAUGGGAGGAUUAACAUACAAGCUGUUGGACAGCCCUACUGUAUGAUGCAGAAUUUUUAUUCAGAUCAGUUAAAUUUUGUUGAAGCACUCAUGCUAUGUGGUGAUUAAAUGGGGUGUGACAUUGGAGGUGCGGUGCUGAUGUGUAAUGGCAUGAUUCAUGCCUCCCUGUGGAUUGACGUCAUUUGCAUCAUGUUCUUUCUCUAUGUAGCUGCCACAUGUCCUGCACUGCAGUGCAGGUUUAUUUUUUAUGAAAGAAAACCCAGUUUGACUAGACUGGAGGAAGCUGUUGCUUGCCUCAAGGCUGCAGGGACUGAACCUAAAUAAAUAUCAGAAGAGGUGAUACAGUAUACAUAGCAUGAACUUAGAAUGUAGGCUAGUUAAAACCACAAAGGUUAGAUUAAUUAGUUUUUGGUCUCUGUUUACAUUGAUGCCAACAAACUUUAGACGCCGUUUCUGCUUGCCUGCUGUAGGGGUUCAGGGGAAAUGGGUCGUGACCCUAGCGUGUGCCCCAGGCUCAGAGGAGCCACAUAGAGUACAGUACACUUAGGCUGUGAUGUCAGUCCUUUCCUAUGGUUGAUGCUGCUUAUUGUUUGCAAGACCCAAAAGCCAGGGUGUGAACAUUUCCUAUUUAACCCUCAAAUGGUCAACCUUAUUGUAAAAAUGAAUUGACCAAUACACAAGUAGAGGGUAUUGGGAGCCUAUAAGUUGAUAUCCAAGAGCUAAAGGGUUAACAAACUCUCCUUGACUUCAGUGUUGCUGCCUCCUGUGCAUAUGGUGUUGUUGUACAUUUCUACUCAAACAUUAUUCUUUCUUGUAUUUUAUAUCCGCAUUCCCUGGGUCGUUAAUCAGUUACUCCUGAGAUCAUUUCCCUGCCUGCCAUCCGGACUGUUUUCUAAGGCCAUAUCAUUUGAAGACCAUUGCAGUAUGUUUUUCUGUUUGUUUUCUCAGUUUCCACAAUGGAGGAUGAUGAAGAUACAGGGGCAUGGGAACUAGGGGUGCCGGGGUUGCUGCACCUCCUGGCUCGAAGUACAGGGGUGCUGUGCACCUGCUGGUGUAAUGAUAGAUCCUGCUAGUUUCGUUAUUCUUAUAAGCUGUAUGUGCAGUGCACUGUGCCUUCCUAGAUGGCUUUUGAACACAAACGAUAACAGACCAAUCAGCGCUGACUGUCAUCACAGGGGUGGGAUAUCUGAUCAAUUGCACAAUUGCAAUGUCACGAGAGUCGGUUAGUAGUUGGAACCCAUGAGAAGCCUGUACACAGUAGAACAGUGAUUGAAAAUGUUCCAAAAAAGAAUAUUGCCUUUGUUUGUAAAUUCUCAGCAGCACCUCCUGCUAAAAUCAGCUUGUCACAAAUACAGCUAACUGGGGGGGGGGGGUUGCUGCUUCGUGGAGCAAUACUAAAAACACAUGACAUAAUGACAUUCUAACUGUCGUUGUCUAUGACUACUGUAAAUAAAAUACAGCUGCUGCACCUGUUUUUACAAGUAAACAUUUCUAAGUUGCAGUAUUUAAGUGCAUCAUAACAGUAUACUCUGCUUCUUUAUUUGUUUGCUCUGAACGUUUUACGGUAAGCAUGUUGUAAGCAUUGUAGCAAGGACUGUGGUUUAAAGCAUUUUUUACUUCAGUAAAUAAAAAGGUGUUGGUGUCGAUGCUGCUUCGUUUUAUUACCGUGUUAACAUGACAGCAACCCAAUGCGUGGCUUCCAUGGGGUUACUGUUUUGUUUCAAACAGGCUUUCAGCACUUCCACUAUAAAAAGUGGACGGCAGAGAAUGAAUUUGCAGUGUUCUAAAAGCCAGGGAGUGCUUGAAAAAGCUUUAAAGGUGGCAAGGGGCAUCCAUUGCUUCAAAUUGGCCAGGGCAUGAAGCAAGGCAUCCAGUCAACACUAUCUCAAGUCGAAUGUAUGGAGUGGUGACAUUGUUCUUUAUUAUGUUUGUGGACUUAAUGGCAACUCUGCUUUUUGACACGAAAAAUAAGUGAGCUGAACCUUUUGAUGUACAUCGCUGUAUGGCAGCAGUGUUUGUGUUUCCUGUUCUGACAGAACCCCUUUCUUUAUCACGGUUUCCUUCAUAGUUGCUGUUUUUUUUUUUUUAGUGCCUCUUUUUUAAAAGCCUUGUUGAAAAGUCUUCCAUGUCAUGCCUGAAAAGAGAAAUAGUCUGUCGAUACAACAGCGGCGACACAAACCUGAAUGAUAUCACCCCCCCACCCCAUAUUAGGCUGUGACUACUUGUUAGCUUUUCUAUUGUAAGUAUCUGGUGAAAUGCAUUUAAAAGGUGAUGUUAGAGAUACAGGCUUUUAAUGCAUUAAGGUAAAACAGUUGAUGUAUGCCGAGUUGCCCAAAUUGCUGGAUUUACCCACCUGCUCGUAGUCUUACCUAACCUUUAUUCUUUAUCUGUAUACUGUACAGUAUUGGUCCCAGGCCAAAGGAAUUCAACUGCAGUGAAAUAAUUCUCCAAUACGAUUUAGUGCAGAUGAAGUAACUUGACUCUUAGUUUCUUGAGCUUGUGUUAAAGCCACAUUAAAUGAGCUACUGAACCUGUGUUAUUAAGUGCACCGUCAAUGCUUUCCCUCUGCUUUUGCUUGUUCUUUGCGGUCCUUUCUUGCCAGCUUCUAAUUACAGCUGCCAAAACUGAAUGACCAAUGCAGGAAGAUGCUGCCUUAAUCUAAUCUUCGUUUGUUUUUGGUAUGCAUGUUCUUUGUUAAAUGUAGUAAUGUUUCAGGAACCAGACGGUUUUACUAAAGAUGCCUGUUUGACCCGUUUCUAUGGCAUUGAUAUGGUGGUUAGUUUUACAGCAGGUACACUUUGGGUAGAGAAAUUUGAUCCACAAUAUCUUCUUACUGAGAUUGUCAUAAUAAUUUCCUGUGUACAGAAGGUGGGUAAGAUGUGAUAUGCUUCUUCAAAAGAAUUUUUUUUGGAUGCAGUGAUUUGCUCUGCAAACGCCUUGUUAAAGCAGUAUAGUUUUGUGUCCGCAAGCUUGCAGAAAAUCCUUUAGAUUUUGCUUUUUAAACUAUUUAGCAUAACUGAAGUACCGAUGUUUGUCACUUACCUGUAUGCCUUACAUUUUAAAACCAUGCACACUGCUACCAAACCCUUGCAUUCAUCACCUGCACACGUGAUUAUUUUGGGGCUACUGUAAAAUAUACAGCGUAAUUUCCCUUGUGAUACAAUGUUUUUUUUUUUUUUCUUCACCAAACAAUUCCGAAAUGUGGAUAAAGAGCACAUUCUGGAGUAGGGAUUGCACAAUGGCGAUAGCACAGUUAGAAUAGAGAGUAGUUUGCCUAGGUUGAUUCUGGUGACAAAUAGAUAUUUACAGAGAUGGAAAUAAGAUGUGUGUGUCCAUUAGACAUUAAACCAAAGUGUGAUAUUUCUCUAGUCAAGCUCAAGUCUUUUCUCUUGAAAUGCAUAUUUUCUGUAACCCUUAAUUCUGAUUUACUGGAUUAGAUUAGAAAUACAUGCAUAUAGAAAAUCUAUUUAAAUUAUUGCACCCCCCUUUCCUACCUUACAAGUGUGCCGGUGCUGUAUGUUUGAAGAAGGUAUUUUCUAAAGGAAAUCACUUGCUUUAUGUUUGAAAGUCCUGCUGUGAGGUGGUGCUGCAUCCACUUGGUAAGGAAACAUUUGCAUACUUGUUAUUAUCUGAUAUAGACAAAUCCUUUUUGUUUUGUUUAUUUGUCGUGUUUUGUAGUGGUCAAACCUUUUCACUGGGUGCGUAUUUAAAUUGCCACUGACCGUUCAAUAAUUCCUGCGUGAAUUUUUUGACAUUGGUUCAUGUUGUGUAUAUCGGAUCUAAUGCUCCCAGCACUGCAUUGUUGCCAGCUGAUUAUUGCUGACCUGGAGCUGCUAUUCCAUUUGCCUAAUGAUGCUUGGCACUAGGGACUGAGAGCUAAAAGCUAAUACAGAUUUUGCUUUUGCAAGCCUAAACAAAAUGUAUAUUAUAUUAUUAAAUGAUUGAUUGUUCUACAUCCAGUGUGUAUACUUACAACGGAAUCAGACAUGCAGCGGUUUAUAACUGCACCAUGGUGUCAUUUACCUUUUUAAUCCCCUUAUUUUGAUUUAGAUUACAUUUGUGCGAGACAGUUAUAUCCAGUGGGUAACACAGGGCCAUUUGCCCCCUGAACAAUGUACCUGUUGCAAUUUGCCCCUUGAUAAUUGUUUAACACAUUGUCGGGUCCAAAUUAUGAUGGAUGAAAGGUCCUGGGACUCUAAUGGUUGUGUGCUUUAAGAACAGCGGAAGCCCUGAAUUAUAUAGUGUAUAUCUCUCUCUCUCGCGCCCUGAAUGCCAGUGAUUUUUUUUCAUUAUCCACUCAUCCUGGCCAAGCAGCAGUCAAAUGUUAUAUCCGUAUUGUAUUAGUCUUUAACACACCCACACAAUUUGGCUAUUUAGGAGUUACGAUAAGAACCGGAUUGGACAGGUCUCCCUCACUGGAACAAAGGGGGUUUGUCUGACAGUGACAGUUCUGUCAAAUUAACCUUUUUUUCCAUUCAAUAUUUUCAGCUUUUCUGAGAUGUUUCCAUCUGGGAGAGGGUUUGCUCUGAUGCUUGAUGAUCUCAACUCUUAAGAGGGGAGUCGUGGGUUGAGUACAGAUAACCAGGGUCUGCAUGUGGUGCACUGUUUGUCCAGGCCCAUUCAUUGGCUUAACCAGGCCACUGUAAAAAAACAAAACAAAAAAACCCCAAAAAAACAAAACAAGUGACUGUUUACAUACUACUAAUAUAUUUUCUUUCUUUCUUUACUUACAGCACUUGCAUUGCAUUACCAGCUCUCUAAAGGUUAAUUAAUCAGGCAAUGUUGUUCUAAUUAUCUUCAAAGCACUACACUACAAAACAUGCUCUUUUCCAUGAUUUUACACACUGAAAAUGAAUAUUUUUCAUGUAUGCCACCACUAAAACACUGACAGAACUAAAGGGUCCUCUAUGCUAUGAAAUACCUCUCUGAGUACUGUAAGACUAGCCUGUCCAGCAGAAAACA